CUCCUGUGCUGGAAGUUUGCAACUCCCUCAGCUCAGCAUCUAACAGGAACGUCGAAUCCUGGUCGCUUGUCUUGUUUCAGAUACGGGAGAUUCGAACAUCCUGAAAAAGGUAAAGCUUGACUUGAACAAGAAAUCUGUGCACUCUAGAUAAUCGCAAAAAAUAUAUCUUAGACGACCGCGAUGAAGAAGAGAAAACUUGACGCAGAACCAAUGUAAACCAAGUAGAUUUGUUGAGACUAUUUAAAUAGAACGGUGGAAGGUAAUGUAAUCGUGAUGCGCUGUGGUGCAUCAGUUACAACACAAGCAAAUCUUCAUAUUUUAGCGAAAAACACUUAAAUACCGAGUCUCAAGUCGAAGCACUACAAUUAGCAAAGCAUUCAGUCAUUUUUCUCUUAACGUGGGUAAGUUUCAAGCUGUCAAAUUCGGCUUUUCGUGUCGUGCAUUCCUCUCUGGCAUCGCUUCGCUUGAAGCUGUAAUGGAAUAAAGUUAACUUCGCUCGAAAAUCUUAGAGAUAAACUCUUUUCACUUGUAUGGUCACUUUUAGUAAUGAUGGAAUUGUAUUCACCUUCGAAUGGAACUACUUCAAGUUAUCAUGUUCCAGAAACGAUCAAACUAGAAUAAACCAUGGCCAACAAGGACGAUGAGGAUGAAAAGGAGGACCGGUCAUCGAAUUUGCUGUGAUUUGAGUAAAAAACCGUCUGAUAAGUUGGAAUCUUAAUUAUAGGCGUUUCCAGAAUUAAGAACCAACAACUUUGAAGCCUUGUGUAUUUGCUUGCUGUGUAUCGAGGAGUCGCGAACAGCCUAAGAUAGAACUGGCUGGAAAUUUACGAAAACCGAGAGUAAUUUUUAAAACAUGUCAAAAAUGAUUCCAUGUAAACUAUGUUAACAUCUAGGCAAUAAUUUUCACUUCCUGUCGGUUUUUAAGACGCAAAAACUCACACGGGAUGAUAGGAGAACACGAGGAAAGGUUGUAAAUCACGAACCGAAAGUGCAUGAUUACCAACGUUCCAAGUGCAUUAACGCCUAAAAUUGAUAGAAAGUGCGCUUUCCAAGCCUUUAAAAAUGGAGCCUGAGUUUGCUGGUACAAUGAACGAUAGGCUUUCGCCCAAUCAAAGUGUUCCUAGUAUCGUAUAAAGGUUUACGAUUGUCAUCAAGUCGUCAAUGUCCCUCUUAAUUUCUUUCUUUUCAGUAAUUUCAUUUAAGAUUUAUCUUAAAGAAAACCCUUACAUAUGAAGAUAUGUUUACAUCUGUUCUAGGCUAUAGUUUGGUUAAUCACGUGAUUGCAACACACACCGUCACGUGCCCGAUAGACUGCACGUGGAAAUGUUUACGGGACGCACGCUGUCAAUCGUUUAAUUAUGCAAACUCAGGGAAAACAUGUGAAUUAAGUGACCAAUCAAAGGCGACAGCCCCAAAUGACUUUGUUUUAAGAAACGGCAUCACUUACUACGAGCCAACGACACAGAUGGUGAGUCAUAGAAAUUUACAGAUCAGUUAGAAACUUAAUCAUUACUGCUAAACCUGCCAAGCGCAGGAACCUUUGAGGUCUUCGGUUUUUCAAAUUCCAUCUUCUGAGCAAGGUAGUGUCAAAGUGAUAUCGAGAGGUCAAAUAAAUGCCUUUAUCUCAGAGAACGGUAUGGCUGCCCUAAAACUGAACAUGCACACAGAGCAGCGUUUGUUAGACCUUCAUUUCUAGCCCGAAGCACAGUAAGUUGAAAUGUAGUAGGACUCAGUGGGCGGGAGUACAAUUCAUGCAGCAAUCGGGCGAAUGACUUGAGAUUACGAGCAGGAAUGAAAACUUUAAUUUAAACAUGCGCACAUGAAUUGAUUCAUAUAGCAAAGGUUCAGGUCGUAAGUCUAAACAAUGUGAGAAAUAUCCAAUGCUCAAUGCGCUUUCAUUUUGAUUGGCUAACAUUUACUGUGCUUAUAAUUAGACAGAUGAAAUCAAACAGUUUGGACAGGAAACAGUCAAUCAAGCCGCAAAUAAGAGCUGUUUUACUGAAAAAAGUACCACUCAUACUUGAAAAUUUUGUUAUUGACACAACUGAUAAAAUGCCCAAUUUCUAAAAAGAAAUCCCGGGUAAAUAUAAUUUGCUCAAAUAGAGACAAAAUUGUUGAUCGAUAUACACCGGAAACGAAAUUUCAUUUACAAGGAAAAUAGGAGAGGGAAAGAUUAAUUCCUACUCAAAACUUUGGAAAUAUCACACGUCUAUACUCGUUUUGAAUUAAGAGUACAGACCACCAUCAAAGAGAAACGUUAGCUCUAAGAACGAGAAUGUAUUUCAACCUAAUAAGGUAUUGUCAUGGUAAGUUUCGCCUUAUAAAAGGAUGAAAGUACGUUUAACCAUUCUUCCCAUUUUCUCUCAGGGAGGAAAUGGACCUGGUUGCGCCUCGGCUUCAUGUCAAAAUGGUGGAACAUGUGUUGACGCGUGUUGGAAUCCCCGGAUGUUCACGUGUGAAUGUCGACAGGAUUAUAAAGGAGUGUAUUGCGAAAAGCACAGCGGAGGUGGGUAACUCGUGACUAAAUAGAAGAGAAGAACACUUAAAUUUGCGAUAAUUUCCUUUCAGCAACAAGUCUCAUACUAUGUUUCUUUUGUUCCAUGUACAGUGAGAAGCUGUCAGCAGCUGAAAACCCUGGGAGCGAAUCACAAUGGCAUUUAUAAAAUCAACCCAGAUGGUCAAGGGGUCAUAAACGUGUACUGUGACCAAACCACAGAUGGAGGUGGGUGGACUGUGGUUCAGAGACGUUCCCGUCCAUACAAGCAAAGCUUUAGACGAACGUGGGUAGAGUAUCGAGUAGGCUUUGGCGACGUGUCCAAAGAAUUCUGGCUUGGAAACGACAACUUGCACCGAAUCGCCUCUUCAGACAGCAUUCUUCGAAUAGAUCUGCACCGAACCAACGGCCAAAAGGGAUAUGCCAAAUAUGGUGGGUUUCGGGUAGCUGACGAAACAGAAAAGUAUCGAUGCGACAUGACUUCGUACGAAGGAAACAUCACAAAUGGGUUUUAUGGAAAUACAGAUCCUAAAUUGAACAUCCGAGGGAUGAAAUUCGGCACACCAGACCAAGAUAAUGACAACCACCCUGGCAAGUGUUUUCCUGAAGGUGCAUGGUGGGCAAACCAAUGUGGCGAGGUUAAUCUCAAUUCAAAGGAUGGUCCGGUCUGGCGUCCUUGGGCUUCUCACCCUGACCUAAAUCUCUCUGAGAUGAAAGUAAGGCAUAACUGA